ACCAUUCGGUCUACGGUUGUCCAGCUGAUCGUGUACGAUCGUUAAAUUUUGUUUGUCUAAUCAUUUAUUUUCUUUUUGUCUAAUCUAAAUGUGGGGUACUUUAUUAAUUAGUGCAUUUAUUUUACUAUUAAUAUGGGAUUAUUUUAAUAAAAAACAUCGUAAUGAAAUAUUAAGAAAGUCCAAUAUCUAUGGAGGAUUUACACUGCCCUUAAUUGGAGGCGCUUUGCGUAUGGUGGGCGCUAAUUCAGAAAAUAUCAUUGAUCGUUUGCGUUUGUUUGUUAAGGAAAAUGGCAAAGUUUUUCAUACUUGGGUUUUACAUCAACUCGUUGUGUUUUGUGCUGAUCCAAAGAUCUUGGAAUCUUUGCUGAGUAGUCCGGUGCAUAUAACAAAGAAUAAUGUCUAUGAUAUGUUGUCUUUGUGGUUGGGAGAUGGUCUGCUCAUGAGUACGGGAAAAAAGUGGCAUACUCGUCGGAAGAUUAUAACUCCCAGUUUUCAUUUUAAGAUUUUGGAGGAAUUCGUGGAGAUUUUUGAUCGGCAGACAAAGGUUAUGAUCAAACAAUUGAAUGCGAAAGUCAAAGAUGAAAAAACCCCAAUUGAUAUGUUUCCAGUGGUUUGUUUGACCGCCUUGGAUAUUAUUGCCGAAACAGCAAUGGGAGUGCAGGUUAAUGCUCAGUCAGAUCCAAAUAUUGGAUAUGUGCAAUCGGUUAAAAUCGUCACCGAAAUCAUCUCAACUCGUCUACGUAAACCCCACUGGCGAACAGAUGGCAUGUUUAAGCUCUUUGCUCCUCAUGUCUAUCAAAACAUGAUAAAACAUAUAAAUCUUAUGCAAAAUUUUACCAAAGAUGUUAUUGAAAAACGGAGAGACACUUUAGAAAACAUACUCAAAAAUUCAGACUCCCAAAAAUCGCCAGAAACCGAAGAAGAUCUAGCCAUAGGAGGUAAAAAGCAUAUGGCUCUUCUUGAUAUUCUACUACAGGCCACGGUAGAUGGUAAACCUUUAAGCAAUGAGGAUAUACGUGAAGAAGUGGAAACAUUUAUGUUCGAGGGACAUGAUACCACCACUUCUGGCACCUCGUUUGCUUUAUAUGUUAUUUCUCGACACCCGGAGGUACAAAAGAAACUAUUUGCUGAAAUAAGAGAAGUUAUAGGAGAUGAUAAAGAUCAGGCGGCUUCGUAUAGACAACUGCAGAAUCUGCGCUAUAUGGAUUGUGUUUUAAAGGAAUCCAUGAGAUUAUAUCCACCAGUACCCAUUAUAGGCAGAUAUUUUAAAGAGGAUACUGAUCUCAAUGGCUUUGUUAUACCCGGUGAUUGUCAUUUGAAUGUUCCCCUAUUUGUGGUCUUACGUGACCCAGACUAUUUCCAAGAUCCCAACGAUUUUAAACCUGAACGUUUUUCUUCCGAAAAUGCAGAGGAUAUUUAUCCAUUUGCUUAUACACCCUUUAGUGCUGGACCGCGCAAUUGUAUUGGUCAAAAAUAUGCCAUGUUGGAAAUGAAAAGUGUUAUAAGUAAAAUUUUACGUCAUUAUGAAUUGUUGCCUGUUGGACCGGAGGUAGUACCGCUUCUAAGUUUGAUCUUACGUUCUAAAACUGGUGUACAAAUGGGCUUGAAGAAGCGAGUAUAUGAAUACUCAGAAAUUUUAAUAGUUUUAAUAACUCUGUUACUCUUAUGGGAUUAUUUGUCGAAAAAAAGACGCAAUGAUAUGUUAAGCUAUAUGCCGGGCCCGAAAACUUUACCGAUUUUGGGUAAUGUUUUAAUGUAUCGCGGUCAAAGUCCGGAAGAAAUCAUGGAAUUCAUUACCAACAACAAACGAAAAUUCGGUAAACUUUAUCGCGUUUGGAUUCUACAACAGCUAGCUGUCUUCUCAUCCGAUCCCGAUGAUGUUGAAGUGAUCUUAAGCUCUCCUCAACAUAUAACGAAAAAUAAUCUCUAUGAACUAUUACAUCAAUGGUUGGGCACUGGUCUACUAAUGAGUACGGGCAAAAAAUGGCAUUCCCGACGUAAGAUUAUAACGCCCACUUUUCACUUUAAGAUUUUAGAACAAUUUGUGGAAAUAUUCGAUCAACAAAGUGCGGUUAUGGUCAAGAAGUUGUAUGAGAAAGCAGAUGGUAAAACGGCCAUAAAUAUAUUUCCGGUAAUAUGUCUAACGGCUUUGGAUAUAAUAGCGGAAACGGCCAUGGGUGUUAAGAUUAAUGCCCAAAACAAUCCCGAUUUUCCUUAUGUUCAGGCAGUGACCGCAGUCACCAAUAUAAUCGCCCGUCGUUUUAUUAAUGUAUGGCAUCGCAUUAAUUGGAUUUUCCGUUUAACUGCAGCCCAGGAUUAUAAACGUUUGAAUGCCAGUAUUAAGAUAAUGCAUGAUUUUACCGAAAAUAUUAUUAUGGAAAGACGACAAACUUUAGAAAAGAGCCUCCAGAAAAACUCUCCCAUACCGGAGGAGAAUGAAUUUGGUCAAAAGAAACGCAUGGCUUUGCUAGAUGUUUUACUACAGUCCAACAUAGAUGGUGUGCCCCUAAGUAAUGAGGACAUACGUGAGGAAGUUGACACUUUCAUGUUUGAGGGCCACGAUACCACCACUAGUGGCAUUUCUUUUGCUUUAUAUUUAAUCUCCCGACAUCCGGAAGUACAACAGAAGAUAUUCGAAGAAAUUGUGGACGUAUUAGGCAACGAUAAAGAACGCCCCGUGACAUUGCGUGAUCUGGGGGAAUUGAAAUAUUUGGAAUGUGUUAUAAAAGAAUCUUUACGUUUAUAUCCUCCAGUACCCAUAAUCGGACGUUAUUUUACUGAAGAUGUCGAUAUACGUGGUAAAAAGAUACCCGCUGGCACUAAUUACACCGUGGGCAUUUAUGUAACACUACGUGAUCCUUUAUAUUUCCCCGAUCCUGAUGCUUUUAAACCGGAACGUUUUCUCGACGAUAGUAUUAAUAAGAUUAAUCCUUAUGCCUAUAUACCGUUCUCGGCCGGACCGCGUAAUUGUAUUGGUCAAAAAUUUGCCAUUUUGGAAAUGAAAAGCACAAUUAGUAAAAUUUUAAGACAUUUUGAAUUGUUACCACUGGGACCGGAAGUAAGGCCCAUGAUGAAUUUAAUUUUACGCUCGGCUAAUGGCAAUCAUAUGGGAUUGAAACCCAGAAAUGCAAUGUUCCUAGAAAUAUUAUUAUUGCUAGCUUUAAUAUGUAUAGCCGAUGUCUUAGCACGCAAACAUGCCACCCGAAAUUUAAUCAAUAUACCAUUAGUAUCAAAGUUGCCCCUACUGGGUAGUAUAUUGGUCCUAUCUACCAUAACACCAGAUAACUUCUAUAUAAAAUGGCCUCAAUUUGUGAGUCGCUUUGGCAAAACAUUCGGCGCUCGCAUUAUGGGUUUAUUAUCCGUAGUUACCGUCGAUCAUCGCAUAGUGGAGGCAGUGCUAAGCAGCCAGGAACACUUGGAAAAACAUUUCUUAUAUAGAAUGCUUAGCGUAUGGUUGGGCAAUGGUUUAUUAUUGAGUAGUGGCAAAAUUUGGCAUAAAAUGCGUAAAAUUAUAACGCCCACAUUUCACUUUAAGAUUUUGGAACAAUUUAUAGAGGUUUUCGAUCGUCAGACAGAUGUUUUUAUAGAGAAACUUAAGACAGUGGCUGACGGCCAGAGAGUGGUGAAUAUGUAUGAUUAUGUGGGUUUAUUGACCAUGGAUAUAAUAGCAGAAACCGCCAUGGGUGUGACAAUAAACGCUCAAUUGGAUGUAAAAUCGGAUAUGGUUAAAGCCAUUAUAGAAGUCACUGACAUUAUGGGCAUACGUUUUAUUAGACCCCAAUAUGCCUAUAUACCAACCUUACGUCUAUUGGCCCCCAACACCUAUCAUUCCCAACAAAAAAAUAUCAAAAUAUUACAUGAUUUUACGGAGAAAAUUAUAGCCGAAAGACAAAAAUCUCUUUUGAAAGAUCAACAUCAAAACAAAGACUUGAACAUUGAUCCCCAUGAUUUAGGCCUAAAGAAACGUAUGGCUCUAUUAGAUGUUCUCCUGCAGUCGACGGUAGAGGGUGAAACCUUAACGGACAAACAAAUACGAGAUGAAGUCAAUACCUUUAUGUUUGAGGGCCAUGACACCACCACUUCAGCCACCUCAUUUUGUCUCUAUGCCCUCUCGCGCCACCCCGAGGUUCAGCAGAAACUUUUUCUCGAAUUAAGAGCAUAUUUUGGAGAUCAAUUAAAACAUAACAUAACCUAUAAAGAUCUGCAGGAAUUGAACUAUUUAAAUUGUGUCAUCAAGGAGUCACUAAGAUUAUAUCCCCCGAUAUUAGCCAUAGGACGUAUUUUAAAGAAUGAUUUGAAAGUGGACAACUACUCCCUACCAGCUAAUGCCAAUAUUAUUAUUUUAUUGUGGGAAAUUUUGCGUGAUCCUGCGGUCUUUGAGGAUCCCUUACGUUUUCUUCCCGAACGUCAUCAGAUGAAUAAUGAUCGUGUAAAUGCUUUCAGCAAUAUUCCCUUUAGUGCUGGACCACGCAAUUGCAUUGGACAAAAGUUUGCUCAACUAGAAAUGCGCACCAUAUUAAUCAAAGUUAUCAGACAUUUUGAAUUGCUGCCUUUGGGUGAAGAGGUUCAACCGACAAUGCGCAUUAUACUGAGAUCGAAGAGUGGUGUAAAUUUGGGUCUACGACCGCGUAAUUAUGUAGAUCCCCAAGAGGGAGAGAUGGUUUAAUAGGUUUAUGUGGAAAUAAGGAAUUGAUAAAUAAAUAUUUUGUAAAAAUUAAAACU